AUGCCAGAUCCAUCAGUGGCGAGAAGGCACGCCCGCAUUGCGGUGAUCGGUGCCGGAUGGUGGUCGCAGGGCUGGCAUCUUCCCCACUUGAGCCGGAAUCCACUUGCAGAAAUCUCUGCUAUCGUGGAACCUUGCGAUGCUCCACGCAGCACUCUGAACCCAGACAUGAAGACGCUUGAAGAGCUAAAGAGUAUCUACGCGGUGCCCACCUUCAAGACUUUUGACGAGUUUUUACUUUCACCAGCUGCGGCAUCAACAGACGGGGUUGUGGUGGCCACCAGCCAUUCAUCCCAUGCCGAGAUCGGCUUGAAAUCACUGGCAGCUGGCUUCCACGUCUUUAUGGAAAAGCCGAUGACGACUGACCCAGCUGAAGCAAGCAGUCUUGCACGAGCAGCAGCCAAACAAGACAAAGUUUUCUUGGUGAAUAACACUGCGAAUUUCCGGGACUCUGCCCAGAAAGUGCGCGAAGUGGUCGCGAGCAAAAUUGGAACGGUGAAGUUCGCACAAGGCUUUAUGGCCUGCCCACUUCUCUGGCUCUUUGAAAAUCCAGAGAAUGAGGGCUGGGUCCGACCAACAGGAACUAUGGAAGGAAAUGGAUUUGGAUGGGGUCAAAUGUCACAUGCUUUGGCCUGGCUGUACUACGUCACAGAGCUCGAACCAGCGAGCGUCUAUUGCAACAUGGUCAAAUCAGAGAAGACUGGGGCCGACAUCUUUGAUACCGCUGUCAUUCAGUGCUUGGGUGGGGCCGUUCUGAACGUGCAAGGGACAGCUUCUCUGCCCUUCAAGUCCUAUGCGAGCUCAACCAAGCAAAUCGAUAUGAAGAUCUUCGGCUCUGAAGGAGUGGUUACCUACAGUGGGGAGGACAUGCAUCCGUCCUCUGGUGGGCUGAAGGUUCAGCUACAUGAUGGAAGCGAGCACCACGUCCCAGGUUUCUACUUCGAAAACUACGACUCGGAGGGAGAUGGGCCAGAAUCACUCCACGCUUUUAUCCAUGGUUGUCUUGGUGAGCAGUUCACGAAUGCCGCAGAUGUCCUCUUGGGGAAGAAGGUGGUGGAUACAAUUCAUGCCAUGUACCGGAGUGCCCAAUCUGGGCAUACCGAGACGAUUGCUGCGGAAAAGGCUAUGUUAUGCCUCGUCGCCUCAGAAGUCUCUGCAGAUUCAGAGGACUUGCAACUGCUGCCGCUCCUUCCAGAGAAGGGCAUGUCAGCAGCGCCACCAAGAGCAAGACAGCUGCAGCGACUUGGCGCCGGUUGUUCUGAAGCUCUUGCGCCUGGAAGUGAGACCUUGAGCAAAUGCCGAUUCCUGAUGGCCUCGGGCUCGUCGUUGCGUGGCUCCGAGAUGCGCAGUCAGCUGGAAUGGGCAGGGCUCGAGGACUCCGUUUCCUUCUUUGUCGUUGCAGCUGGCAAGGAUGAAGUUGCACUCUACAGCCUGCAGAGCCAAAGGUUCCUGCAGAUCACUAGCAGGGGCCUGCAGCUUUCGGAGAAGAUGAAUUGGGAGCAUGUGUCCCACACGAAUCGCACCACUGCUUUCAAGGCUUUUGGUGAUGAUGGGCACAUGGGUCUCUGGCACGAGGAGACUGGUCAGUUCGUCAGGCUCCGCGGCACCGCGGCCAGCGCAGCCAGCUGUGAAGACACCAGCGCCUGCAGUGGCUUGACCAGCGAGGCAGAGUAA